GGGAUUGUCUCAUCCCUAUUGCACGCGACCCACCAAUCCAUUCAACCAAAGAAACGGCAGCGAAAUGGCCACGGAGGAGCACCAGCGCCUGGCCAGCAUCGUGAAGAGCUGCCACGAAAGUCUGCGCCAGCUGACCAAGGAGUAUGGCGCCACAGCGGCCUGGCAGGAGCACACGAGUCCCAGGAACGCCAAGCAACUGGCGGAGUACGCCAAGGCAAUGAAGCAACUGGCGGCCAUAUGGGAGACCAACGAUGGGAAGGUGGAGCUGCAGGCACGCAGUCGCAUCAAGUGGGCCAUCGACUACAUCACCAAGUACUUCUUUACCGAGGGCAUAUACUUGCAGAAGCGACAGCGGGAGCAGCGACUCCUGGAAUCCUACAGAGCCGAGGGAAAACUGGGCGAUUGCACCUGCAGGCUGAUGGAGGAGCCGCCGGACAGGCUGCACGUGCUGGAUGUGGGCAGCUGCUUCAAUCCCUUUUCCAGUGCUCCGCACCUGGAGGUGACCGCCCUGGACUUGUGUCCCGCCACCGAAGAUGUGCUGCAGGCGGAUUUCCUUAAGGUGGAGGUGGUACCCGGAAUAGGGGAACCUGAGCUGGAGAAUGGCAGCGUGAGAAGGCUACCUGCAAACCACUACGAGUGCGUGAUUUUCAGUUUGCUACUGGAGUACAUGCCCAGCGCCGAGCAGAGACUGCAGUGCUGCCUCCAGGCCUAUGAUCUGCUGCUGCCCGAGGGCAUCCUCGUGCUCAUCACACCGGACUCCCAGCACGUUGGCAAGAACGCCCACCUCAUGAAGAACUGGCGCUACUCCCUGGCCAGGAUUGGCCUGCUGCGGGUACGCUUCGAGAAGCUGCCGCACAUAUCGUGUAUGGUGUUCCGCAAGGCCAUCAGCCGGGAGCUCUCGCAGCACUGGGCGAGCAUUCACCGGGAGGAGGGGAUGUGCGAGGAAAUUCGGAUACCGCAGGACGAUAGCUAGAUGGCUAGAUAAGAUUCAGCCCCCAUAAAUCGAUGUAAAUAUAUGUCCACGUCUACUUAUUUAUGGCUUAACUUAUCUGUGUUAAGUGCGAGUUAAUAAUAAUGGUUGAUGAUUUAUCUACUA